UGAUCCUGGAUACAGUUGUGUUUGCUAAUCGUUCAGAUAGACAUAUAAAUAUUUACAUAUUUAGUUCGAGAGAAAUUCGGAAAUUUUGAAAAAAAUGAAAUUAAUACUUAUCGUACUUUCCUUGACCGUUUUGGCCGGUCAGCAGGUUGCAGGUCACGGCCGUGUCGUCGAUCCCCCACAGAGAGGCUCGCUUUGGAGGCUGCCAGAAUACGCUUGGGCGAAUCCUGGACAUCAAGCUGAUGAUCAGGAACUCCUCUGUGGUGGGCGAGACGUGACUGACCCGUACGUUGGGGCUUGUGGACUUUGCGGUGACAGUCUUUUGGACCCAAGACCGAGAAAGCAUGAAAUUGGAGGUGAAUACGAGCGAGGAAUUAUCACCAGAAAUUAUACCGUUGGCCAGACCGUGCCAAUCGAAGUUUUCAUCGCUGUUAACCACAAUGGUUGGCAUGAGUUCAGAAUCUGUCCUUACAGCGUGACAGGUCAAGAGAGUGAAACGUGUUUUAACCAAUAUUUGCUGACCUUUGCAUCCGGUGGUACCCGAGAGGACAUCGGAGGUAACCAGAAUCUUCGAACGAGCGUCAUCCUUCCUCCAGGACUAACGUGCGACAGGUGUGUUUUGCAAUGGUCUUGGUUUGGGGAGGGGUCAAACCAAUACUACAGAAAUUGUGCGGACGUUUCCAUCCACUAAAAAACUUUUGGAAUUAUACGUUGUCAAAGGGGAUCCUCAAUAAAUAAGUAAAUUUCCUGAAACUAACUACUCAAUAUUUGGAAUAAAAUCAAAGUUCAAAAUCUUGCACUGAAAUAAAUGUAUUUAUAAUUUCGAA